GUUUCUAGUCUGCUCUUGAUCUGCUAUCCCGGGCCCGCCGACCAGACUUCCCGUGGGCGUCUUACAACUUGCAAGGAUUCGCUUCAGCGGCGUCCUGCAAACUAACUUUCCCUUGCAAUGGGGGUGGGCCGGAUGUGGGCCGCCGAGGCCGCGCGAGCCGCGGGGCUGGGCCGUCCCCGAGGGCUGCUAGCUAGCGCGGAAACGCGGAGGCCUGCAGGGCUGCCACUGCGUGCCGACAGCUAAACGCUCAGCCCCCUUCUCGCUAUUCCCUGUUGCGCCGUUUGUUAACCUUACGUCCUAGGAGGCGCGUUGGCCGCCUCAGUGCAGUGUACGCAGGACAUUCCUGACGCCCAUGCGAGUUUCAGAGUUAUGAUUUCGAAGCGGACGGUUCUUGAUGCUGCUGCCACUUGUUUUAACGAUUUGGGGUAACCCCGACCCCAGAUGGUCGGUUAAAAGAUGCAUGAGCUAUAAUUGCCGUCUCAACGGUUCUGCAUUUACCGUUUCUUUGGCAGCGUGCUAAUGGCUUGUUGGGCUUUCUGGAUAUGUUUGGGGUACCUGGCUGAAAGUUAAUUCAGAUUACUGAUGUGUGGCUGCUGGUUGGCCUUGAACUUGACUUUCGUUGACAUUUUGGGAGUUUAGGAUCCACCUCUACAUGGAUAUCCCUGGGAAGUCGCUAUCAGCUGGAUGAAAUUAAUUUCCUAGCACGGUAGUCUAAGUAAAAUGUUGUAACCAACGUGGAUACCCCGGGAGGUCACUCUCCCCGGGCUCUGUCCAGGUGGCGUAGGGGAGCAUAGGGCUCCGCCCCGUGAUGUACAGUCCUUUUCCACAACGUUGGAGAUGAAGCCGGGCCUUGAGUCUGCGCCUGCAUAUUCCUACAGCUUCUCAGAGUCCUGUGGACCAUGACUGAGGAGACAAACCAUGCAGGAAACAUCUACUAUACAAUUUGCAGUUUAAGUAAGAUGGUAAAUAUGAGUCUAAUCCUCUAUAUAUUUUUUUUUUUUUUCCAUUUUCAUUCAGGAGAGAAGAACCUCACCACCAAACUUUGGCAGAGAGACUUGCACAGGAACAUGCCACCCAAGCGUAUAGCUAAGAGAAGGUCACCUCCAGAAGAUGCCCUCCCCAAAAGCAAGAAGGCGAAGGACCCUCGUAACCAGGCAGUGAGGGCCGCUGCCUCCCGCCACGUUCCGGGCGCCCGCUCCUGCCGAGUCUCACAUAGGUCCCACAGCACAGAACCCGGCUUGGUGCUGACGCUGGGCCAGGGCGAUGUGGGCCAGCUGGGACUGGGCGAGAAUGUGCUGGAAAGGAAGAAGCCAGCCCUGGUGGCCAUUCCAGAGGAUGUUGUGCAGGCCGAGGCUGGGGGCAUGCACACUGUGUGUCUAAGCAAAAGUGGUCAGGUCUAUUCCUUCGGCUGCAAUGAUGAGGGUGCCCUGGGAAGGGACACAUCAGUGGAGGGCUCAGAGAUGGUCCCCGGGAAAGUGGAACUACAAGAGAAGGUGGUACAGGUGUCAGCAGGAGACAGUCACACAGCAGCCCUCACCGAGGAUGGCCGUGUCUUCCUCUGGGGCUCCUUCCGGGACAAUAAUGGUGUGAUCGGGCUCUUGGAGCCCAUGAAGAAGAGCAUGGUGCCCGUGCAAGUGCAGCUGAGUAUGCCUGUGGUGAAGGUGGCCUCAGGAAACGACCACUUGGUGAUGCUGACAGCUGAUGGCGACCUCUACACUUUGGGCUGCGGGGAGCAGGGCCAGCUGGGCCGUGUACCUGAAUUAUUUGCUAAUCGUGGUGGCCGGCAGGGCCUUGAACGGCUCUUGGUCCCCAAGUGUGUGAUGCUGAAGUCCAGGGGAAGCCGGGGCCACGUGAGGUUCCAGGAUGCCUUCUGUGGCGCUUACUUCACCUUUGCCAUCUCCCACGAGGGCCAUGUAUACGGCUUUGGCCUCUCCAACUACCAUCAGCUUGGAACCCCAGGCACAGAAUCUUGCUUUGUACCCCAGAACCUGACAUCCUUCAAGAAUUCCACCAAGUCCUGGGUGGGCUUCUCUGGUGGCCAGCACCAUACAGUCUGCAUGGAUUCAGAAGGAAGAGCAUACAGCCUGGGCCGGGCUGAGUAUGGGCGGCUGGGCCUUGGGGAGGGUGCUGAGGAGAAGAGCAUACCCACCCUCAUCUCCAGGCUGCCUGCCGUCUCCUCAGUGGCUUGUGGGGCCUCUGUGGGGUAUGCUGUGACCAAGGAUGGUCGUGUUUUUGCCUGGGGCAUGGGCACCAACUACCAGCUGGGCACGGGGCAGGAGGAGGAUGCCUGGAGCCCCGUGGAGAUGACAGGCAAACAGCUGGAGAACCGUGUGGUCUUAUCUGUGUCCAGUGGGGGCCAACACACAGUCUUACUAGUCAAGGACAAGGAGCAGAGCUGAUGAAGCCUUGAGGGCCUGGCUCCCGGCCCCACCACCCUCCCUCCCGGAACAGGGAAGCCGUGACAACCACAGAUUCCAGCAGGCCUCCCCCAGCCCCAAGGACUCUGUUAUCUCCUGCCUUUUUCCCAUCAGCAGAACAGAAUCUUUUCCGUCUUUUUCUUCCUCCUGUCUGGAAUCAUCCUUGGACCUACAGGAUAAAGAGGGGAUGGAAGAGGGGAGAGAGUUUUAUCAGAAUGAACAUUGCUCAUGCCAGAGCUAUGUGGUUAGACCUUUCCCCCCUCAUUCCUACCUCCCAUGGUCCUGGCUAACCCUGGUUUGCCUACCAAAAACCAAAACUUCCUCCCCUGGUUGUUUGGUGCCCACACUCUGAGAAUUGGGGCUCCUACUCUAGUCAUGUGCCACUCUUCUGUCCUUCACAGUCCACAGGCAGGCAAAUGGUAUAGUCAUCAGACCCGGCUGUCAUGGACCUGUGCCUGGGGGAAACUGGAGAAGGGGCAGGGCUACUCAGCCAUGGGCAACCCCAAGCCAAAUAUUUGGCCCUGAACAGGUGCCCAUGGAGCAAAAAAAAAAAGAUCCUCCACUUGAUCAAGAAUAAAGCCAAUCAGCCUUUCUCCCAGAAGCACAAAGCAUUCUGCUCUUCAGGUAUUACCUUCCUAUCCAUCCGUCCAACCUGCCUCACCUGCAGCCAAGGGCCUGAAAUCUGGAAAGGAAGCCACACCUACAGGGCAGGACAUGGUGGGGGAAAGAGAAGCGGGGUUUUAUAAACAAACUUAUAGCAAUAUUGAUAGUGAAGGGAGGGAGGGGAAGAGGGUUGGAGGGGCAGAGGCUGGUCCCCAGAAGGGGAGGCAGCAGCUUGGACAGUGGCUGAGAAAAUAGAAAACAGUUUUGAUUUUUUUAAAUGUAAAGUAUUUUGGAGGGGAGAGUGAAAUCUUUUAACACUUUGAAUAAAUUUAGAGUUUUAUAAAA